AUGGCGUUGCACAACCCAUUACUAAACCUAAAACCAAAAUGGCCACUUUUUGAAUACCAGACUAAGCUUUCAGCUAUUAUUUGCUCGCUAGCUGGGUUACAGGGACAGACAACAGUUGCAUUGACCCUCCUAUUCUUACUUUUUGCUGGUCUUGGUACAUCUGGUCCACUAGAGCCAGCGCGCCAGCCUCUGCUAUCUGGAAAACCUUUUAUCAUUUUCUGGGGCAUCUCUGACUCUUCCUGUUCUGUGAGGCCAGAUCUUGAAUCUUUUGGAAUGGAACGUGAGGGCCGUGUAGCAGUUUUUUAUGAGGACAUGCUGGGAAGCUAUCCGUAUUUUAUGGACAAAGACACAAGGGUCAAUGGGGGUCUACCUCAGCACACACGGCUUGAUAGCCAUCUUCAGAAAACACAGAUUGAUUUAAAUGCAGCUGUGCCCACACCCAGGUACCUCGGAUUAGGCAUACUGCGUUGGGCUGAGUGGUUCCCACAGUGGUUGAGAAAUAGAGAGAAGAAGGCCGUGUAUCAGGAGGCAUCAAGGAACUUGCUGAAGGCAUUCUUCCCUGAAUGGACUCCAGAGGAGGUGGAAAAGUGGUCACAGGUGGACUUUGAAGCAGCAGCCCAGUCAGUAAUGAUGGAAACCCUGCGGGAGAUCAAACAGCUGCGUCCUAAAGCAUUAUGGGGCAUAUCCCCAUACCCAAGCUGCUUCUAUGGUGAUUCUGACCAACCUGAGAUAGCAAAUGACAGUGGCCAGUGCCCCCCUGCUGAAAUGGCCCUUAAUGAUGAGCUUUUGUGGCUGUGGAAGCAAUGCUCUGCCCUCUACCCUCUGCUCACGCUGGAGAAGCUACAGGGCGGAACUUCUGCAGGAAAGCUUUAUUUAUCCAGUCAAAUCCAGGAAGCACUGCGAGUGUCCUCUUUGACCGGACUGGCCUUCGAUCUGCCUGUGUUCCCACUGGUCAACAGUGUAUAUGCCUCCACGAACACUUUUCUGUCUCAGGCAGACCUGGUCAGCAGUAUUGGUGAGAGCGCUGCCAUGGGAACUGCCGGAGUGAUCAUCUGGCAAAGAAGUGAGACUAAGACAGAGAGAGAAUGUCAGGACCUGGCAGAAUUCAUCCGCAAGGUCUUGGGACCUUACUCCAUUAACAUAACCACAGCAACCAGACUCUGCUCAACCGCACUUUGUGAGGGUAAAGGCAGAUGUGUCCGUCAGAAUCCAAACAGCUCCACCUUCCUCCACCUUCCACCUACACCUGAAGUGAUGAAGGGCGAAGCCAACAAAGCUACAGAUGAGCCCGAACCAGAUGCAAAGGCAACUGUCCCUGAUCCAGCUGAAAUAUGGAAAAAAGACUUUCAGUGUCAGUGGUACAAGACUACAAAUCAGGAUGUCUCAGAUCAGCAGUCCGACAAAGAUGGAGAAUCUAUCAGUAGGACAUAUGGGCAACUUUCUGGGGAUUUAGGAGGGAUUUCAGCAACCUUUACAACUAAUUCCAUCUCAAAAUUCGCCUCUACAGAUAAACAGAAUGGAAGCGCUCCAGCACCUAUGGCUUUGAACUUUUGUACCAUUUUACUGUCGUUUGUGUCAACUAGUCUUUUUGUAAAUUGA